CCAUUUUCACGUGGAACCUUGCAGACUACUUUCAACUUCCUGAAUAAUCAUACCUCUUGAGACUCACAAACAAAUAUUAUCUAAAUUUAUGCUCACUUAUUGAAACCAUCAUUAUUCAAGAUGGCUGAUGAUAACGAAGACCAUUACUUUGGGUUGACACCCAUCGACCAGAUCAUGCCGCGUGGAUAUACACGUAUGGCUUUCUGUUUUCCGUUCGUUUCUGAUAACCCUGUUCCAGCAAUCGAGGCUCUUCAACAGGCGUACAAAGCUACAAUCGCUCGUUUCCCUUUCAUGGCUGGUACUGUCGCUCUCGAGAGAGAUGGAGGGGAGCACACCGGUAGACUCGAGGUGCGCUACAAUAACCACGAUGUCGAAGAAGCGCACGUUUUCAUCAAGAGACUCGAACCCCCCGAGUUUCCUCACACCUACGAAGAGCUGAAGAGCAUGGGAAUGCCUCCUAGCAAGCUUCCAGGUCCACUCAUCUCACCACUCUCUGAUUUUCCAGAUGCUACCAGGCCUUGUCCGGUCAUGGCACUGCAGGCCAACUUCUUACCAGGCGGACUCAUUCUGGCCGUCUACACCCACCGCAAUGUCACCGAUGCUACUGGCACUGCUGUCUUUCUCUAUGCACUACGACAGAGCCUGGAGACCCAUGGAGAUACCCCGAUAAACUUACCUGAGUUUGCUGAUGACAAGCUGCGACUUCUUCUCACCCCAGGUUUACCACAUACUAGUCCGCUGCAUGAGCAUCCAGAAUACACGCUGGAUACGGACCUAGUUGCAGUCUCUUCCCCUGGAGCAAGCCCUGGGAAAGGUUCUGACCGCAGAGAGGACGACCCUAGAGUCGAAGAGACGCAGCAUUUAAACCAGGGGAAGAUAUUUGUCCUCUCUGAAGAAAAAGUUGAAGAUCUCAAGAGAUACUUGGUAAGUCGCGCCUCAGAGGAACAGAGCAUGGAUCAGGCAGGGAGUAGGACCCAAAGGCCCGUGGUCAUGACAAAAGACGACACUCUGUGUGCUCUUAUUUGGGUUUUUGUUACUCGUGCUCGUGCUCGUGCUCUGUGGCACACUACCCCUCAGAGCGAAUCUCCAGACGACGAGUUAUCAAGCUCGCUUAACAUGUCUAUCAGCAUUCGGGGUCAUAUAGAACCACCAAUACCCGCCUUCUAUGUUGGCACAAGUGUGGUUUACUCCCAAGCAACGCUUCCAGUGAAGACACUUCUUGGCGCAGACGGUGCAGGCCUCUUCAUAGAUGCCCAGUCAUAUUCAGUUCCUCCUAGUGCAGCAUCUGCUCUUGCCCAGUCUGCCAUCCAAAUCCGUCAUGCCGUUGACAGAGUGACUCCCUCACAUGUCAGAUCCCUCAUAUCCCUCUGCCAUUCCACUGCAGAUAUCCGGCAUCUACAAGCGAACGUGCGUUGUGCGGGUGGCCCAGAUGUUCUCAUAACCAGCUGGAGUGAUUUGAAUCUCUCAGAGGGCGUGUGGGUUAUUCCUGGAUUAGGGAAUAAUGGCAACGUCGAGUUCAUUCGCAAGCCAUGGAGUCGCCAGGAUGGAGCAAUGAUCUUGAUGCCGAGAAUUGACUUUGCGAACUACCACGGUAGUGAUGAUGACGAUGCAGAUGGCCUGGAGGUCCUUAUCCAACUGCGUAAAGAGGCUAUGCGUUGUCUGGAGCAAGAUACAGGCUUUAUGUCCUACGUUACGAGAGUCAUUGAGUAAUAGUACCGUUUCCGAGAGAAAAGUCGACUAUACAACCAAUGUCCUGCUGGAAGGAACCAGGAAUCAAAAAGAAAAGAAAGGAAAAAAAAGAACGAUGGGCAAUGAGGUCACUUGAAGUGUUAAAGUGGUAGUUGCAUGGCGAACCUGGUCUUGAUGUUUGCAACUAUGUAUGAGAUACCACACUGCCUAGAGCGGUAGAAGCGUGUUUAUUAAACAAAGAAACGCG